UCAAGUACUGCUACUACUGCUAGCUACCAGCUAACGCUAACGACCGGUGACUGUGGAUGCGGCUGUUUAUCUGCUUGUUUAGACCUGAAUCACGGCGAUGCCAAACAAAAGGACACACAAGAAAACACUCAAACUGGAGUGUGAAUGGGAACUGUGCCAGGAAUCGUUCUGUGAGAUGGACAAAUUCUGCAAACACGCCGAGAGUCACCUCAGCGCUGAAGGAGACACAGAAGGGGAGCAAAAUUGCAUGUGGGGAGACUGUGGUUUCUGUUCUGUGGAAGGGCCUGAGGAGCUGCGAAGGCAUCUGUAUUUUCAUUGUUACCAUACUAAGCUGAAGCAGUUGGGUCAGCAGGUUCUUGAGGCUCAGCCGAACGUUGGAACCUGCUCCAUUGGCUGUCAACACCGCAACAUCAUCCCUGACAUCACGGAGAAUUUUGCCUGCCUUUGGGAUAAAUGUGAGCAACCACCAUAUGAAAACCCAGACUGGUUCUACCGCCAUGUAGCCAUGCACGCCCUGUGCAUAGACAUACCAGUAGGUGAUUCUGAAUGUCCAAUACGCUGUCGAUGGAAAGAUUGUGAAGGCAUUGUAAAAGGGCGUCCGAAACUGCGAGAGCAUCUGCGUACCCACACCCAAGAAAAGUUGGUGGCAUGUCCAGGCUGUGGGGGGAUGUACGCCAGCAACACCAAAUUGUUUGACCACAUCAUACGACAGAGUGCCAUGGAAGGUCAGAGGUUCCAGUGUUCUCAUUGUUUCAAACGGUUUGCAACAGAAAGACUACUGAGAGACCACAUGAGGACCCACGUGAGCCACUACAAAUGCCCACUGUGCGAUAUGACCUGUCCAUCACCCUCAUCACUGCGUAACCACGUGAAGUUCCGCCACAGUAACGAGAAGCCAUACAGCUGUGAAUACUGCGAGUACAGCUGCAAGAAUCAGGUGGACUUGCGUAAACACCUGGAUACUCACAGCAGUGAACCAGCAUUCCGCUGUGAUGUUCCGGGCUGCAACUUCACCUCCCGUACACUUCAUACUAUGAAGCUUCACCACAAAAGAGAACAUGAGGGGAAUUUUGUGGCACGUUACAUGUGCCAUGUGUGCAGUCAGUGCUUUACCAGAGGCAACAACCUUACUGUUCACCUGCACAAAAAACACCAAUUCAGGUGGCCCUCUGGACACCCUCGAUUCAGGUACAAGGAGCAUGAAGACGGCUUCUUACGACUGCAGCUGAUUCGCUAUGAAAGCGUGGAACUGACAGAGCAGCUGAUGAGGGAAAGGCAGAAUUGCCAACCUGAGGAGGACGAGGAGGAGGAGGGGGCUCAGGCUGAGAGCCAGGAUAAGCUUGAAGAAUCCCCAGGUGUGGCCCCUUUGGACACACAGGUAGGACUGAGAGGGGUGCUGCUGGAUCAGCGAGGGACUGAGGAAGAGCUGGUCAGCCCUAUGGAGGGCGGGCAGGAAGAUGGCAUGUUGUACGUUCUCACUGGAGCCUUUUCGGAAUCAGAGGCAGGAGGGGAAGCAGUCGUGAUGCAGCUCCAGGAAUCUACCCAGCAGCAAGGCCAGCAGUGACAAUCGUGUGGAAUAUUAGUCUGUACUGACACCUCCUUCAGCAGUGUUGCUAAGGUCUUAAAAAAAAAACAAAAAAAAAAAACCUGCUUCUAAAUUUUAGAGACAAACAUUAUAAUUAUUUGUACAUGCUGACACAUGCUUAUACACAUUUGUUGAUGAAUUUUAACAUUUUCAUACAAUUGUUUACUGGUCCUGCUUUGCUGAGUGGAUGCACAUUAUUAUUUUCUUUUUGUAAUAGAAGGGCUUUUGAAAAUUUGUGAAGGAAAUUCCAGUUGCUGCUCCCAGAUUGCAUUGAGGCUCACUUAAAUGUGUAUAAUACAACAGACAGCUUACCUCAUCAACUUAUGGAUUGUUUUAAUGCCUAAUUUAUAAUCUAAAUAAACUUCCCAAUAUUUGCAAAAAG